GUCACGUCCCUGGCCUGCAGGAGAUGUUGAGCAAAUUUGCAGUGGACAUGACUUUGGACAGAGAUUCGGCCCACGAUAGCCUCGACGUGUCCCAGGACGGGCGAAGUGUGAAGAGCAGCUGGGACGACCCCUCGCAUGAAGCCCACUGCCCCGACCCCUUGGCGAGCAUCCUGGGCUCCGCGUCCUUCUCCGCGGGCAGGCACUACUGGCAGGUAGACGUGGCCGACAAUCCGGCCUGGGAGCUGGGCCUGUGCCUGGAGACGGCCCAGAGGAAGGGGCUGACCUCCCCCGGCCCCCAAGACGGCUUCUGGACCCUCAAGCUGGACAGAGAGAGUGGCUACUUCGCCUCCACCGGGACCCACCUCCCCUUGGGGGCCGUCGUUGAACGCCUGGCCAUCUACCUGGACUUCGAGGCCGGGGUCAUCACCUUCUACGACGCCAAGCGCGGGACCCUCAUCUGCACGUUCUCCGCCUCCUUCUCUGGCCCUCUCCGACCCUUCUUCCGCCCUCGGCUCCCAUACAGGGGUGAAAACAGCGUCCCCCUGACCCUCUGCUCGGCGACCCCUUCGGACUCAGGGGAUCUUUCCCUUCAGGAUAUUUCCGGGUUGGAGGCCUAGAUGGCAAAGCCAUGAGAUGGCCCCCCUAAUUGGCGCCUUCGAAG